AUGUCAGCAUCAGCGGCGAGACCAACAGCAGGACGCAGUAGUAGCUCUGCUGCAGCAGGAGGAGCAAUAUGGCUCACACCAAGAUCACAGUUUGCAGCAGCAACAGCAGCAAGGCUCUCCGCAGUUAGAGCGUUUUCCCCCAGGCAGCGCGCAGCGGGGGACGGCACAUGCUGGAUGGCAGAGAGAGCUAAUAAGCCUCCAACUGAAUUCGCAGCAGAGCAGCCUGCUGCAGCGGCAAUUGCGGCCGCCCCUCCAACCGCCGUAGGCGCUACGACUGCCGCCGAAGAUGCACGAGGAGGCUUGAAUUUGGAUGUUUUCGUCCCUAUUCGACAGCUUAUCGAAGCCAUGCGAGAGACACGAGAAGUUACUUGCCUCCUUCCUUGGCAAAGGGACUGCCUCCUCGUCUCGCGUUCCCCUACUGGUGGCAAUGGCGCUUCUUCAUGUCUGGGUGAGGAUGCAGCACAGUCAUCAGCAGCCUCGGAGGCAGCAGAAAGCGGAGCUAGCGAGAGAGGUGAUGCCUCAUCAGCAGCAAGUGCAGCAGCUGUUGCGGCAGGCAUCGCGUUGCGUUGGGGGGCCAAGGCUGCAUUGGCUGCUGAGUCGCAGCGAAUCUUAGAUGGAUCGUUGAAUCUGGUGUAUUCAGCUCCUACAGGAGCAGGCAAGACGCUCGUCAGCGAGGUGUUGAUGCUGCGUCACAUCUUCGGCUUGCUGCGUUUGCCGCCUCGUGACACUCAGCAGAAGGAGCUCGAGUAUCAAGAGCAGCCGCGACAGCUGAGUUGGCCUACUGCCCCCCGUGCAACUCCAGCGGCUACUGCAGAGGAGGUCGGCAAGUCGCUGUUAAGCUCGCCGCAAGUAUCAGACGGAUCGGCGGGAGAUGCAGUUCCCCCUAGAAGAGUCAUUGUAGUGCUCCCGUUCGUGUCUUUGAUAGAAGAGCAGCAGCAGAAGCUGCAGCGUCUAUUUGCCGCUGCCUCGCUGCCGAUAAAGCAGCCGUGGCAAGAAGUCACUCUGCCAUCGCCUUUGACACCGCUGCUUCCGCAUCUGCUUCACCGACAGGGCGAAAAGCAACAAGAGUGGCAAAAUCCACAUUACAAGGUGCAAGCUGAACUGUCUCGACCGUUGGUGGCCUCUGCUGCCGCACGAGAACCCUUGUUGCGGGUGCUGCUCCUGCUGCUGCUGCAAGACGAUAGCGUUCUUAUCUUCUGUCGCAGCAAAGCUGCAGCGGAGGCUGUGGCGCUGCUUGUCGCGGAUUACGUAAUGCCCCUCCUGCAGCAGCGCAUUCGGAUGCCUCAGCAUCCAAAAGAGCAGCAUGGCUUUCUUUCUGCGGCUGCAGCAGAUUUACGCAUGCGUCGUAUCAACAACGUGGCGGUGCUUCAGGGGGGCACCAUCAAAAGCACAGUGGCCUUUGCUGCCGCUUCUGGAGUCUCCAUACAUCAUGCUGCGCUCACGGUUGAAGAGAAGCGACUGGCGGUAUCUUUCUUUAAGGAGGGCCUUGUAAAGGUUCUUACGGCUACUUCCACCCUCGCUGCGGGAGUCAACUUUCCUUGCGAUUCCGUCCUCUUCGACUCCCCACAUGUGGGCAGCGGCUUCCUUGAUGCCGCCCACUACAAGCAGAUGGCAGGUCGAGCAGGUCGCAUGCAAGACAAGUCUCGAUUGCAGAGCCAGCAGCAGCAGAAGGGGGGUCGUGCAAUCGUCCUUUGCAAGGCGUCGGAAGUCGAGAGAGUGAAGGAGCUGCUGCUCCAGGGGCCUCCCUCGGUGCAAAGUGCUUUGGGGGGAGAGCGGCAGGGGUUGCAGCGUCUCAUUCUUGGUGCCCUUAGCUGCAGCAGCGGAGCCUUGCGCUGCAGCGGCAGCAACACAGAGCUCGCUUUGCUUGCAUGCUGUACCUUUUUGGUACUGCAGCACCGCCUCAGACUGGAGGCGCAGGUUGAGACGUCGCGAGCAGCACCGGAGCGCAGAGACCAUCAGCUGUCUGAAAUCGUGCAGCGAGAAAUAGUGCAGGCAGUGGCUGUGUUGCUGCGCCUGGGUCUUGUGAGAUUCGCUGCUGGGCACUACGAGGCGACGGCGAAAGGACGAGCCAUUGCCUCGGUUGCUCUCUCCCCGGAGGAUGGUGCAGCGGCUUGCGCGUGUGUCGCUGCUGCAAGUAGCAGACUAGCGCUGCACGACGAUAUCCCCUUGGUCUACUUGGUGGCUCCUACCCUGCCGCUUCCUCAGGGUGCGGCAGAGGGAAAAGGAGGAGAAACAGCGGCUGCCGGCGCUGCGCUCACAGCUGACGACCUAAGGCACCUCGAAAGAACGCUGCUGCGCAUGCAACCCUCCGAACGACUUGCUUUGGAUCACAUGGGAGUCGGACUGCAGCAGCUCCGAGAGUUCAUGCUGCUUCCAAGGCCUACUUACGCCUCGUCUUCUCUCCCCAGUGUGAUAGCCACACCUAGGGAAGCAAAACAACCCCUUUGCUUUUGUGCGUCUUCGUGCGACACUGGCUCUGGUGUCUCUGUUACGAGGCGUUCCGGUGCAGCACGUGGCGAAGAGCUUUAG